GAGAACCUGUUGGUGGGGGAGAGAGAGAGAGAGAGUGGAGGAACAGAAAAAAAGCAAAAAUCUUUGUCACUUCAAAGCGACGGGAAAUUCCGUGAGUUCUCGCGGUCGCAGCCGAAGGUCGGCAAUGGCUGCAGCUUCCGGAGGGAAACCUCCAACCUUGUCUUCUUCGUCUCCUUCUUCUUCUUCUUCUCACAAGCCCUUCGAGUUCUCCUCUGAUCCUCCGCCCAGACUCUCCUUGUCGCCUGAGCAGUUACAGUACUGCUCCGAAGCAAUCACUCGACUGAAGGAGAAGCUCCGGGUGCCAGAGUUGCUCAAGCAGGAGUUCGAUCGCCUCCAGGCCACUAGGAUAAGGAAGUAUGAUAUGAUGAACAGUUGUAAAGUGGCUCUUGAAUACACAAAUAAGGAGAAGAACCGUUAUUUGGAUGUCUUACCAUUUGACCAAAACAGAGUUGUUCUCAAGCCAUCUGAGGAUUCCAUAUCAUUAGGGAGGGAUUAUAUCAAUGCAAGCUUUAUCACGACUUCUUCUAGUGAAAACCUUUCACGGUUUAUAGCUACACAAGGACCACUACCACACACAUUUGAAGAUUUCUGGGAGAUGGUAAUCCAGUAUCGUUGCCCUGUGAUCGUGAUGCUUACUCGGUUGGUUGACAAUUACAAGAUGGUGAAAUGUGGAGAUUAUUUUCAAGCUGAGGAUGGCCCUAGAGAAUUUGGUAAUAUAUGCAUUGUCAGUAGGUGGAUUACAACAACUGAUAAUUCAUUGGUGCUUCGCAAUUUGGAGGUUAACUACAAAGAGUCAGAGGACCCGCCCUUGUCUGUUCUCCACAUUCAGUACCCUGAAUGGCCUGAUCAUGGAGUGCCAAGAGAUACACUUGCUGUUCGUGAAAUUCUGAAGAGGAUAUAUCAUGUUCCACCCAAUCUUGGUCCCAUUGCUGUGCACUGCAGUGCAGGUAUUGGAAGAACAGGCACAUAUUGUACAAUACAUAAUGCCAUCCAAAGGAUCCUCAUUGGAGACAUGUCUGCUUUAGAUCUCGUGAACACAAUAACCAUCUUCAGAUCUCAGCGUGUUGGGAUGGUUCAAACAUUGGAGCAAUUCCUCUUUUGCUAUGAUGCCAUACUUGAUGAAUUGGAGGAGCUUGUUUCGGAGUCCAAUCACCAGUGAAAGGAACUCAAACUUCUCAGACUGCUGACUGAUGCACGUUAACAAGAACCAUUCAGUCACUGUUCAGUAGAGAAACCUGCACAGCCCUCGAAUCUGGGACAUUCACAGUUGGAAUCCCACUUCUGCAUUUGGUUCAUGGGGGUUGUUACCUUGUAAAACUGAAAUGUAGCUGGUACUAAGAAAUCAAUCUUUUUCCUUAACCUUUUUUUGAAGAGUCUUGUGCAUUUUACCUUCUUGUGAACCAGUGGGCUGAAAAGCAGGCUAAUUUGGUUUUCCUUUGGAGAUUGGACCAAGCGUCACCUUGUUUCACAAUGUAUUCCAAAUUUUCAAUUGUGCUUUAGACUAGCCCCAUAUGUAAGUUACGCUCUGCAAAAGAGGAAUUUAUUGAUCGAUCUGCCAAAAUUUUUUCCUUAA